AAUAGGAACAAAUCCUUACUUCAGUUAUGAUACAAAGCUGGUUAAAAAUCAUAUUUUAAGUUUGAACAGAAGGUUAAAAACCUGUGAAUAUGUCUAAUGCAUGAUGACAUAAAACAUUAUGUUCAUUUUGUUCUCAUCUCUGUUAAAUGUUUCAGGCGGUACUGUUUCAAACAGAAGGCUGCCGCUCCCGCUCCCGCUCCCGCUCCCGCUAACGCCUCAUUGGCCCGGCAGCUCUCUCUGUCUCCCCCUACGCCAUCAACCCCUCCUCCAGACUUCAACCAGUGUCUGAUUGGCUCCUCGCACUUCCUGCCCCUCCCUUUCCCAAACCACCGCCUGGCUAACCAACAAAACUCGGAGAACAUGGCCACCGAGAAGCACAAACUGGCCGCUGCAUCUGAGGAGGCGAACCUCCUCAAGAUGCGCUGCUACUCACGGACGUGGCAGGAGAGCGGCAGCAGUCAGAUCCAAGAUGGUGGAUAUCUACGGACUGACACUAACUGCUACACACCUGCCAGCGGGGAGAUCAGCGGGCCGCAGAUCCAAAAUGGCGCCCCUGACGGGUUGUUGCUUUGCCCAAACGGAGGGCUCUGUCAGAAGGACAAACGGAGAUUUAGCAAAACCAGCGGAACGAGCAGCCGAACGAGAGCGGGCGACCUUUCCGUUUAGGAGGAAAGCAGGAAAUUCAACUUUUCACACCAAAGAGACGUUUUCGACCCGUUCUCAUUCCUAAGUCGUCAAAUAUUGCUGCUUUGUCAGUGAUUUCGGCAUCAGACAGCAACAGUAAAAGUCACUUUCAGCUUUCAGCAUAAUACAGCGCUGGGCGGCGUCCAUUUGUUAUGCGGCCAGAUGCAACCUUUGGUGGUGAUAUGACAGUCUGUUCUCACGACGACCUCAUCAAAGAUGUCCGCUGUCAGUGUUUUUUCUGCGCACAAUUGUGACGCCAAAAGCCACUUCCACAUCCAACCUGACUGAGACUGGACGGCGUCAGACAAGAACGCGCUCGGACAGAACCAGUUACGGUCCACAUGCAAUGUGCACAGGAAGCGCCACUUGAGAAUGCAGCUGGACGUGAUCGAUCACGUGUGCACGAAACGCCGAAAGCCAGCGUCAGGUGAUAACGUUGUCGAUAACCACGUAAUACAAGUAGUGCAAGUGCGCUUAUAGGGCGGGCAGGAGGAAAGGUGGAUGGGUUAAAGAAGUUCAGAGUUUGCUUCCUGUGUGGAUGUUUUGUUUUUCUACACAUUACCAUGUGCCUCUUUUACCUAAACCUAGCCAUCAGUGAUUUUGUUGCCUAAUCCUUACCAUCGUGACGGUCCCCGCUGUUCAGGACCAUCCCAGCAUGUACAUUUGUUGACAUCACGGUAAUAGUAUCCCAGAGCGUAAACAGCUGACGCGGAAGGACACCUAAAACGUCA